AUGGGCAGAGGGAAGACUGUGAUCAAAAGGAUUGACAAUACCACAAACAGGCAAGUGACUUUUUCAAAAAGAAGAAAUGGGCUCCUCAAAAAGGCUAGGGAGCUCUCUAUCCUUUGUGAUGCUGAAAUUGGACUUAUAAUCUUCUCUAGUACUGGCAAACUUUAUGAUUUUGCAAGCUCAAGCAUGAAAUCCAUCAUUGAACGCUAUAAUGGACAAAAGGGUGAACGAAAUCUGCUCGUGGAUCCUGCUUCAGAAAUCAAGUUUUGGCAGAGGGAGGCAGCAAGUUUAAGAGAACAACUGCAGUAUGUGCACCAAUAUAAUAGGCAAUUGAUGGGUCGUGAAUUAUCUAGUUUGGGCAUAAAAGAUCUGCGCAAUUUGGAAAACCAGAUGGAAAUGAGUUUAAGGAGCAUCCGUACGAAAAAGGUAUGA